CACUACAGCACAGCAGAAACAUACAGAGUGAGUGAAAGAGUGGGUCAGAAAACAGAGAGCGGAUGAUAUGAGGAUGUGGAAGAGUGUGUGUUUAGUGCUAAUGUGCGUGGUGGUGACGCGAGCUCAGUUUCCGCGUCAGUGUAUGACACCAGAAGGUCUGCGGAGCGGCACCUGCUGCCCAUCACCUACAGGACUGCCCAAUGACGAGUGCGGCUCCAUCUCUGGCAGAGGUCAGUGUGUAUCAAUUACUGCUGACAGGCGCCCACACGGCCCUCAGUAUCCUCACGAUGGCCGGGACGACAGAGAGAGAUGGCCGCUUCGCUUCUUCAACAGAACCUGCCAAUGCAACGGAAACUUCACUGGGUUCAACUGUGGCCGAUGCCGACAUGGUCUGACCGGGCCGAACUGUGAUCAGAGAAUCACCGUGGUGCGCCGUAACAUCAUGCAGAUGUCUGCUGAUGAGAAAAGAGCUUUUGUGAACGCUCUGGACCAGGCUAAAAGAACCGUUCAUCCUGACCUGGUGAUCUGCACCCGCCGCUUUCAGGAGAUUUUGAGCCCUGAUGGAGCAAGUGUUCAAGUUGAGAACAUCACCAUCUAUAAUUACUUCGUCUGGACCCACUACUAUUCUGUCAGCAAGACUUACAUGGGUCCAGGCCAGCAGAGCUUCGGGGGUGUGGAUUUCUCUCAUGAAGGGCCAGGAUUUGUCACUUGGCAUCGGUACCACCUUCUGCAACUGGAGAGAGACAUGCAGGACAUGCUUGGUGACCCGUCGUUUGCCCUGCCGUACUGGAACUUUGCUAUCGGAGGCAGCGAGUGUGAUAUUUGCACCGAUGACCUGAUAGGAGCCAGAAGCAGCUUCGACACCAACGGCAUCAGCUCCAACUCUGUGUUCUCUCAGUGGAGAGUCAUCUGUGAGAGUGUGGAGGAGUAUGAGACACUGGGCACCAUCUGCAACAACACAGAAUCCAGUCCCAUCAGGAGAAACCCUGCUGGUAACGUGGCUCGACCAAUGGUUCAAAGAUUACCAGAACCGCAGGAUGUCAUCGACUGUCUAGAGCUCAACACCUUUGACACACCACCGUAUUACUCCACGUCCUCUCAGAGCUUCAGGAACACUAUUGAGGGUUACAGCGCUCCCCAGGGUAACUAUGACCCAGUAGUGAGGAGUCUGCACAACCUGGCUCAUUUGUUUCUCAAUGGCACAGGUGGUCAGACUCACCUGUCACCAAACGACCCAAUCUUCGUCCUGCUCCACACGUUCACUGAUGCCAUCUUUGAUGAAUGGCUUCAGAGGCACACCGCUGCAGGAACUCUGGCUUAUCCUGAGGAAAACGCUCCCAUUGGGCACAACAGAGAGUUCAACAUGGUUCCCUUCUGGCCACCAAUCAGAAAUGCUGAAAUGUUUGUCAGUGCCCCCGACAACCUGGGAUAUACCUAUGAGGUUCAGUGGCCAACUCGGGCAUACACUAUUUCUGAGAUCAUCACUAUCGCAAUAGUUGCAGUGGUGCUGGUUGUGGCGGUGGUGGGUGGAGUGAUCGGGUGUGCAGUCCGGGCUCGCUCUUACCGCUCAGCUGAAGGCCUGGAGCCACUGCUCGGGGAACAGUUCAGGCGCUACUCAGAGGACGAGCGCCACGCUUCACAGUCUGUGGUGUGACUGAGCCACUGAUACACUUCUUCAACCGAUUUAUUAUUGCACUGCACAUCCACACUGAAUGAUCAAUUAUUGGCAUUCAAAAGCAAUGUAAAAGAUUUGUGGACACGGGGGCUUCUUUCAUGGCUGUUUAUUGUGUUUCAUGUCCAGCGAGACAUUAAGAAUGCAGCCAUGUGAGCUCUUAAAACAUAUUUAAUGUGUCAUCAUGAGGUUAUGCACUGCUUAUGAAUGCCCUAUGAACACAUGACAAAGUUAUUGUACAGUGUGAGAUAUUUUAUAUUACUCUGAUAUAAAAAGUUUUAAAUUGAA